ACUGAGCUGCACCGGGGUGCACUGGGGUGCACACUGGGCUGCACUGGGCUGCACUGGGUGCCCUGGGCAUGGUGCAGGUGCUCUCGGAGCUGUGGCCUCCCUCCACCAGCCAGACCCCACAGCAGCAGCUCAACACGUUCAACCUCAGCAAGUUCCCCAGUCAUGACUGCACCGGCGGCGGCUUCGGGCCUGUGGCGGAUGACGGUUAUGGUGUCUCCUACAUCGUAGCUGGGGAAAACCUGAUCAACUUCCAUGUGUCCAGCAAGUUCUCGAGUCCUGAGACGGAGCGUGCAGGGCUGGGAAUGACAGCAAUGGAUGGGGAUGGGAUGGAGAGACUUCGGGGCAAGCCCCCCGCCGAGUGGAAGGCGGGGCGAGUUAAGAGGGAGGGAACGGCCCGCCCGCAAGGGAGGUGGGCGGGGCCGGAGCCCAACAAACAGGUACUGGAACCCGGCAGCAGCCAGUCAGUCAACUUCCCACUCCGGGGCAGGGACUAG